AUGUAUAUUAGAGGUGCCGACUUAUUUGAGAAUUUAGACACUCUAUUUCGACAAGACAAUUUCGCAAUAGAUUUAGCAACUGACACUAAUUUGCAGAAUUUUCUAAUGCCGUUUGGACAAAAGUUCUUUUCAGCUGUUAUUAGGUUUGGGAUAGGAAUCGAUUCUGAGAAUCGAGUAAUUUUGUAG